CCUUCGUCAUUUAGCCUUAGAUUACGAGUAAUAUAAUAGGGCGCAUGAUAGCUAAUAAUGUGAGGGCGUUUUUCGUGGCUGAGAUGUAGAAGAAUAACCAAAAUCUAAGACUUGAAUCAAGUCUAACUCAGCCGCAGCAAGGCCACGCACAGACAUUGCGAAGACUCAAGAUUAGGUCGUGUGAGAAAGUGAGAAAGAGUGUGUUGCUUGCAGAGCUUGCAGAACUUGCAGAACUUGCAGAACGUGCAGAACGUGAAAUCCACUUUCAGCAAUUGUUGCCACCUUCAAGAAAGCCGUUGAACCAUUUUCAGGUCUUCUCUCUGCGAAACAAUUGACGUAAAUAAAACAAAAUGGUUCUCGGAUAUCUCAUUGAUGGAGCUUUGGCCGUUGGAGGCGCUGUUGUCGCAGCUCCUCUGGUUGGGUUCACGGCCGCAGGGAUUGCAGCGGGGUCUAUUGCAUCCACUGCGAUGUCAGCUGCAGCAGUUGCCGGCAGUGGGGGCGUCGCAUCCAUGGCUGCUGGUGGAGUGGUGGCCGCUUGUCAGUCGGUAGGAGCGGCCGGGCUGACGGUGAAAAGUGCUGCUGGUGAUGGGGGUGCGCCAUUAGGUACUGCAGUGGUGGAAGCUAUAACAUUAUUCAUCGGCGUUGUGAUGGCUUUUUUACAGGCAAGAAUGGCACAGGGCUUUAACCCCAUAUUGGCCCUGGUUGAGAUACAGGCACCGCCACCGUUGGAGGAAGAGCCGUAGAUUGUCUGCUGUGGAAACGCAAAUUACUUCAUCUAUAAACAUUAAUUAUCAAGGUGUCUGUAAAGAGUACAGCUGCCUUUUAGAACUCUCUCCUCACACGGCGACUCGGUACACUCUCUACCGUUUUUACGCGGGGUCCAUUUUCCUAGCCUGAAAAUGUGACGUUACACGCCAGAGAUUGGCCUCAAGCGUAGGUCAAUCCCCUAGCCCUUUAAUAAUAGGACUCUUUCGCUGUACACAGGAAAGUGUAAGGCCGCCAGGGCUAGUCAAUCCCCGUACAUUCACAUGCAGACGACUGUGAGUGCAGCAGCCAAGCGUCUGUCCAAUCAAAACACAGAUAUUGAAAGCUUACGUCACUGCACGUUUAUCCA